AUGGACCUCUGCUGCGGGCGGGACCUCUUCACGGAGCGCGCGACCCUGGAGACGGCCCUCCUGACGAAGGAGAAGCUGAAGCGCUACGAGGAGCUCCGGGGCGACUGGUUCCGCUUCUCCCUCGUCUUCGGCGUGGUCCACGGCUGCACGGUGACGCAGCUCUCCUACGCGUCGACGCUCCAGGGCGCGCGCCUCGCGAACAUCUCGCUGGCGACGCUCUACUUCUGCUACACGGUGUCGGCCCUCUGCCUCGCCGACGACUUCGUGCGCAAGGAGGGCCCGCUCCGGUCCGUGCUCGCCGGGCUGGCGAGCUACCUCGCGCUGGGCCUCAGCUACGCGCUCUACGCGGCGGCCCCGGGCUGGUUCACGUCGGCCUUCGUCGUCGCCUGCGCCGUCGUCGCCGGCGCCGGCGGCGGCCUCAUCUGGGUCGCCCAGUCGACGCACUUUGCGCGGACGGCCUACGACGCGGGAGGACCCGCGCCCAUCGCGUUCGCGUCGUCCUUCGCGUUCUGGUACAUCACGCUCGAGGGCGUCAUCAAGCUGACCAUCGCCUGCAUUCUCGUUGCCUACGCCAACCUGUGGGUGGCGAUUUCCGUGAUCUUCCUGCUGUCUUUCUCGGCGUACGCGGUGCUCUACCUGUUCCCGGAGCGCUGCGGCUUCGAGGUCGACGCGGCGGCGCCGCCGCGGCGGCUGCGCGACUUCGCGCACACCUGCGCGGCCGUGGACUUUGAGGCGCUGACGGCCGUCGCGCGCGCGCACGCGGCGGACCGGCGCAUCCCGCUCCUCUCGCCGCAGUGGCUCGCGUUCGGCUUCUCGUCGUCCGUCUUCACGUCCUGGUUCUGCGGCAAGGUCUCGGAGAAGCGCGACGAGGCCGUCGUCGGCUUCGCGUCGGCGACGCUGUCCUUCGUCGCCGGCGCGGCGUCGCCGCUCCUCGGCCGCCUCGCGUCGUCCGUCGGCCGCGGCGCGCCCGUCGCCGUCGCCGUCGCGGGCUACGGCGCGCUCUGCGGCCUCAUGCUCGGCUGCGGGUCCAUCGACGGCAUCACGUCCUGGGGCACGGUCUGGGUCUACGCGGGGCUCCAGGGCGUCGCGCGGUCCGCGUUCGAGGGCACGGCGAAGAUGAUCGUCGUCGAGCAGUUCAAGGGCAACGCGACGCAGCUGACGAACCGCGCCAUGGCCUCCGUCUACUUCCACAUGGGCGUGUCGUCCAUGGUCACGUUCCUCUGCUUGGAGGUCGCGCAGUUCGGCGGGCUCGCGCUGACGUUCGGCGGCUUCGCGGCCGCCGCGCUCUGCUCGAACGGCGACGAGGACGCGGCGCGCGCGCCGCCGCUGAGCUGCCUCCGGAAGAACAGGAACCACGCGCGCGUCGUCGACACGCCGUGCGGGUCCGGCCUCGCGCGCCUCGCGGAGCUCCGCCGCGCGGGGCGCCGCCAGCCGGGGUCCCGCGCGGCGAAGCGCGCCGCGACCCUCGAGCAGCGCGAGGCCGACGACCGGCGCGCGCGGAUCCGCGCGAUCUUGGACGCUAUGCCGAAAGCGGAGAACGGCGGCAUCGCCGACGAGCACGCGCGCCUCGUGGCCGCGGCCCACAUGGCCGACAAGGAGGCCCGGGACACGCAGGCCUACCUCGAGCGCUACCCGGCGGGCCACGCGCAGCUGCCCGAGGGCACGCACGUCAAGGCGACGAAAGUCGGUGGCGCGCGGAACCCGUCCUCGGCCGGGCCCCGGAGCCCGGCCCGGCGCCGGCGCCCCGCGCCCGUCGGCGGCGCGCCGGAGGCCGUCGCGCCGCCGCCGCUCGCGGAGGCCGCGCCGCCGCCGCUCGCGGCCCCGCCGGAGACGCGGCGACGGCGGCCGCGGAAGCGGAAGGACGCGCUCGCCAUGGUCGGCAUCUAG